AUGAAGUUGAUUUCCCGCCGGGAGUUUUCUGUUUGUGACUUUCAUCGUUAUUUACAUUCGUAAAAAUAUUUUUAAUAACAUUUUCAUAACAUCAAAUAUAAGAUUUAUCAAUCAGAUAAUGAUCUGUUUGUGAAAAUAUGAGAUAUUUGUUUUGCAAUGGAUAUAACCUUAGUCGCAGAAUUAAUUUGCGUUUGUGUACAAAUAAAUUGCCUGUUUUUGUAAUAACUAGGUUUAAAUCUGAAACCAUGAAGUAUUUAAAUGUUGCUGAGAAGAAUGACGCCGCAAAAAAUAUUGCUGCCCACUUAUCUCGUGGGACAUCAAGAAGGCGUGAGGGGCUGUCUCAAUACAACAAGAUAUAUGAAUUUGAAGCGGAGGUUAUGGGCCAGAAAGCUCAGAUGGUUAUGACGUCAGUAUCUGGACACUUACUGGCACUAGAGUUUGUUGGAUCGUAUAAACACUGGCAGGCCUGCAACCCUUUGGUAUUGUUUGAUGCACCUGUGUUUAAGUAUUGCCCUGAAAAUUAUGAGAAGAUAAAGAAAACUUUAGAAAGAGAAGUCCGAAGCUGUCAAGGAUUAAUAAUAUGGACUGAUUGUGACAGAGAAGGAGAAAACAUAGGUUUCGAAAUUAUACAAGUUUGCACAGCCAUUAAAAGUAACAUACCAGUGUACAGAGCAAAGUUCUCAGAGAUCACAGCCGUGUCGGUGAGAAGGGCACUGGCUAACUUAGAACAACCUAAUAAGAAUAUCAGUGAUGCAGUUGAUGUAAGGCAGGAGUUGGACUUGAGGAUAGGUGCAGCUUUCACUCGGUUUCAAACGCUCCGCCUUCAGAGGGUGUUCCCCACAAAGCUUGCAGAAAGCCUGGUCAGCUAUGGGUCCUGUCAGUUUCCAACACUGGGUUUCGUCGUCGAGCGGUAUCGCGCCGUGGAAGCAUUCGUUGCUGAACCAUUUUGGAAGAUCAAAGUAAAUCACACAAUGAAUGGUCUAAGUGUGGACUUUGCGUGGGAUCGAGUCCGUCUCUUCGACCGCGAUGCUUGUCAAGUUCUUCACGACAUAUGCAUGGAAAAUCCUCAAGCUAAGGUGGUCGAGGUCAAGACCAAACCCAAGUCUAAAUGGAGACCGCUGCCUUUGGAUACUGUGGAACUAGAAAAACUAGGAUCACGUAAAUUAAAAAUAAACGCAAAGGAAACGAUGCGAUUGGCUGAGAAGCUCUACACCCAAGGUUUGAUCAGUUACCCUCGCACGGAGACCAAUGAGUUCCCGAAGGAAAUGAACCUAGGUCAACUGGUGGGGCUACAAACGGGGGACCCUAACUGGGGGGCCUUCGCGCAGGGCAUCCUGGACAGCGGGGGGCCCACGCCGAGGCAGGGCAACAAGAGUGAUAAGGCCCAUCCUCCUAUACAUCCGACGAAGCAUACCAAUAGUCUUUCCGGCAACGAACAGCGGCUCUACGAAUUCAUAGUCCGGUCUUUCCUCGCGUGUUGUUCCAAGGACGCGCAAGGUCAAGAGACGACCGCUUCUAUAGACGUGGCCGGAGAACGAUUCUCUGCCAGCGGACUCAUGAUCACUGCCAGGAACUAUCUGGACGUCUACCCGUAUGACAAGUGGUCUUCUAAAGAGAUUCAUGUUUAUCAGAAUGGUCAAACAUUCAAUCCUACGAGUAUAGACAUGCUAGACGGCACGACGUCACCUCCAAACUUGCUGACUGAAGCUGACCUCAUCGCGCUCAUGGAGAAACAUGGCAUUGGGACGGACGCAACCCACGCCGAGCACAUAGAAACAAUAAAGAGCCGGUCGUACGUAGCGCUAGCGGACGCGAUCCAUUUCGUGCCGGGGCUGCUAGGCAUGGGCCUGGUGGAGGGGUACGACGCUAUGGGGCUCAAUAUCUCCAAGCCGCACCUGCGCGCUCAGUUGGAGGCCGACCUUAAAGCUAUCAGCGAGGGGAGGAAGCAACCGCAGGUUGUUUUGGCUGAACAGAUAGCGAAGUACAAGGAAGUAUACCUAACAGUGACGGCGGAGGCGAACAAGAUUGACGCGGCGCUCGCCGAGCGGUUCAGCGAACGACCCAACGAGUACACGCCCAGCGUUGAGAACAUGCCGGACAUGCCCUCAGCUCUGAAAUGCCCCAAGUGCGGCUCGGACAUGGUGGUGCGUCCUAAGAAGAACAGCGACGAGUUUUUCAUCAGCUGUAUAUCGUUUCCCAAGUGCAAGAACGCGGUGUGGUUCCCGACCAUCGUCAAGACGUUGCAAGUCCUACCUGAUUCCUGUCCUUCGUGUGGUCCCAACUACAAGAAGAUCAAAUUCGAAUGGAGAAACAAUUCAAUAAGCCAUUUAUACCCGCCUCCAUAUGUCGGCUGCAUCGGCGGUUGCGACACGACAUUCUUAGAACUACUCAAAAUCAACUUAUCUUCAGUCAGAAACUUAGGGAACCGAACUCAACAAACCGGAACAAAUAACACUAUAACCGGUCUAAGUACAAGAGACACUACUAGCACAAUGGUUCCCGCACCAUCGAGAACCAAUCAAACUAGGCCGAAUAAUACUCAAACUAGGCCUGCCAACCAGCCAAGACAGACUGUCAAUUCACAGCCGAGGCAAUUUCUACCUCCACCAACGGUAAAUAGAGGUCAAAAUGCCGGGCCCAGGAUGCCGGCGCCGCGGGGAAGUGGAGACCCUGAUGACAAUAAUGUUAUCUGUGGGUGCAACAAAGCGGCCAUUUUGCUUACUGUGAGGAAACAAAAUGCUAACUGUGGCAAGAAAUUUUACAAGUGCCCAGAUGGUGGAUGCGAUUUUUUCCUAUGGGCACCUGAAUCUUUAGAAACGGGCACUAAUAACUUCGAUACACCUCCAGCCUCCAAUUCAUGGAAUGCAAAUAAUGCAAGUCAAAAUAAUUCUGGUUGGGGGAAUGACUCUGGUAAUAGUCGGGGCAAUGCGCAAAAUAGUACAAGGGGGUGGGGCAUUACACCUAGCUCCUCGAGAGAUAGCUAUCCUAGCAAUGAAGAUGAUGUCAUGUGCAAUUGUGGCGUGCCCUGUAAGAAAGUAACAGUUCAUAAAGAGGGUCCGAACAAAGGGCGGCCGUUCUACGGGUGUCCGAAGGAAUUCAAUAAUCGCUGCAAUUUCUUCCAAUGGGCUGAUGGCGGCGGUUCGAACACUACUACUGAGUGGGGAGCUAGCAGUAGCAGCAGUAACACUAGAGGUCGCGGUCGUGGGCGGGGAGGCAGGGGUGGCGGCGGGGGGAGUGACGCCGGGCGCGGGAGAAGGUGUGGCAUCUGUCGACAGGAGGGACACACUCGCAGCCGCUGUCCUAAUGCCAAUGCUGAUUAAUACACACUACGAAUAAUGGCCGAUCAAUCUAGGCAUCUUAAAAAAAAGUCAAUUGGCAUACAAGGUCGAGAUUU